AGCACAGACCAUUGCAAAGUUACCUAUCAAUAAUUUCCGCAAUACAAUAUUAUUCUGCAAGAUGUUGAAUUGAAACAUGAGUUUCUUUCCUAAUUCGUGUUGUGGGUAACUGACGGCUCCUAAUUAGGCUUUGAGUAACCAAGUGCAGUAUUUUAGUCAGUACCUACUGACGAGUCAUAUGCAAGUGUUCCUACGUGUAUAGGUUAUAUAAAGCGUGGAAAACAUGACUUUUCCUGAGGAAAAUACGUUUAUAAAUGGCGAUACCUCCCGUGGACGUGGCGCUAGGGCUUACACGGUGACCCAGGCAUACACUGAUGGCGGUAUAAAGGCUGGAGCAGCUCAUGCCGCGCGGCUCACAUACGAUGUGCUAUCACGACGCAAAGCCGCGGAGGAGGGUGUAGCCAGGCUAGCCCGGGUUCUAUCUGCACUAGACCUUACAGCUUUGGGUGUGGGCAGUACUCUGGGAGUGGGCGUGUAUGUGUUAGCUGGGGAUGUUGCUAAGAACUACGCUGGACCAGCUGUCGUGUUGUCGUUUCUACUGGCUGCUGUGGCUAGCGUCUUUGCUGGCCUUUGCUACGCGGAGUUCGGCGCUCGCGUACCCAAGGCCGGCUCGGCGUACGUGUACAGUUACGUGUGCGUGGGAGAGUUUAUUGCCUUCAUUAUUGGCUGGAACCUCAUACUCGAGUACAUCAUUGGUGCAGCAUCAGUAGUAAAAGCUCUAAGCGAAUAUCUAGACUCGUUACUAGAUAAGGCGAUAUCGAGCAAGCUGUACGAGUGGAUGCCGAUGGAUUCGCCGCACCUCGCCAAAUACCCGGAUCUGUUCGCUUUUACCGUCGUCAUGGCCUUCUCUGUUGCCCUCGCGUUCGGUGUGAAAGAGUCUACUAAGUUCAACAACUUUUGCACGGGUGUCAAUUUGUGUGUGGUUCUGUUCGUCAUCAUUUCUGGAUCAUUUAAAGCGGAUACUAAGAACUGGCGGAUCCCAGCGUCGGAGGUCCCUCAGGAUAAGGGCACUAACUUCGGCAGCGGUGGCUUCGCGCCCUACGGACUCGCGGGGAUUAUAAAAGGCGCUGCCGUCUGCUUCUAUGGGUUUAUCGGUUUUGACUGCGUGGCGACUGCGGGCGAGGAAGCCAAAAGGCCGCAAAAAAGUAUUCCUUUUGCCGUGGUGGCCUCCUUGCUUGUUGUGUUUCUGGCUUACUGCGGGGUAUCGUCCGUGCUCACCCUGAUGAUACCUUACUAUAUGCAGGAUGAAAAAGCGCCGUUCCCGUAUGUGUAUGACCAGUUGGGCUGGCCGUGGGCCAAGUACGCCGUCAGCGUGGGGGCCAUCUGCGCUUUAUGCUCGAGUUUGCUGGGCGCCGUGUUUCCUCUGCCGCGAAUCAUCUACGCGAUGUCGUCGGAUGGGCUUCUGUUCCAGUUCAUGGGCAAAGUGAGCGAGAAGUACCAGACGCCACUAGUGGGCACCAUGGUCGCUGGAUUCAUCACAGGUACUCUGGCAAUGAUCUUCGAGCUGAAGCAGCUCAUCCACAUGAUGUCCAUCGGAACUCUUCUGGCUUACUCUAUGGUCGCCUCCUGCGUGCUGCUACUCAGGUAUGAGCGCAGUCAGUCCGUGCAUCAUCGCGCUGCAGAGCCGCUGAAGCUGUCGUUGCGGGGCGUAGUGCGACAGCUGGUCAACUUGGACGGCCACACUGCGCCCACUAGGCUCAGCUCGUCUAUGGUGGCCGUACUGGUCACUUUGUACGGAGUGUGGUGCCUGGUAAUGAUGAACAGCAUCAACCAGCACGGCGACGCCAUCUUGGCGGGCGAGGCUGGCCCCGUCACCACAUUGGCCAUCGGCACAGUUCUGGUGGUGGCCACGCUCUGCGCCAUCUCCAGGCAACCCGUCUCUGAGAAGAAGCUCGCUUUCUCCGUGCCGCUGGUGCCGUGGCUGCCAGGAGUCAGCAUCCUCAUCAACGUGUACCUGAUGCUGAACCUGGACUACCUCACCUGGCUGCGCUUUGCUGUCUGGAUCGCUGCUGGCCUCCUCAUCUACAUAACCUAUGGGGCGUGGCAUAGCUCAGAGCGCCGCAGGACCCUGGACUCAGUCCAACUGGCGGAGCUGCACAACGACAGCCAAACCGCGUUGCUGCAGCACAACCUGCAGCACACCCUCGGCUGACAGCACGACACAGCAGGGACGACUGCAGCAGGUGUGAAGGAUAGGGAAGUAGUCAGUCCUAGUAGCACUAUAGUAUCUUUUAUAUCCAGUAUUUGAGGAGACCCAUUUACAAGUCGAAGGUGUACUGCAGCACAACCACAGCACGACGGCACGACACAACAGGAACGGCAACAGAUGUGGAAGAUAGGAAGGUUGUCAGUCCUAAUAGAAUUACAGUCUUUUAUAUGCAGUAUUUGAGUGCGUUUAAAACCUUACAAGAUGGCAGAAGAGGCGUGGGCAAAACAGUUCUGUAAUAAGUUUUGGAAGUGUAUUUUGUGAAUCGGGCGUAGAUUCUUAAAGUCACUUAGGUUGAAAUCUAUAGA